AUGGCCUUAGACGGCAUAGUGAACGUCAACUCCCUCUUCACCUUAGCCCUCUUCCUCGGCCUGGCCUUCAAUCCAUCCGAUACAACCUACACCCUCGUUGACGCCAAAUCCUGCAGAGCUAGCUCCUCAAUGGCGGAGCAUCUGGUUUCCUUCCACGUCUACUCGUUCAGCUCAUUCCUUUUCUCUAGCCUCAUUGCCUCCAGCCUCAAACUAACCAUAAGAAAUGCCAAGGAUGGGAACAAUGACGUGGAGGUGAACCAUGUCGCGCGUGUGAACAUGAAGAUCCUUAGAGUCGGAAUCCUGGCAUCUGCGGCCGGAUCAGUGUCUGGCUGUGUCUUCUUGAUGCUGGCUUUGGUGAACAUGGUUCAGAUUAAGCUCGGGAUAUUGUCUUGUUGGAGCUGGUACACAGUUUCAGCUAUUGCUCCUCUGGUCACAUUAGCACCUUUGGCACUUCUCAUAUACAUAUGUGUAGUGUUACAUGCCUUCACUCGCUAG